AUGGCAGUCCAGUUCCCGGCUCAGGCGGCCGGCGGAGCAGGUGGCGCCAAGGCCAUCCUGCAAGUGAUGCCUAAAAAGUAUGAACAUUUUGUCAAAGGGCCUUCUCUGAAAGUGGAUGUGAAAAGUGGUGCUAUUGCUGAAGGGUUGUUCACUUUUUCUCUUUGCUUUUCUCUGCUUUGGGUUAUGCUUAGGGGUCCUAAGAAUCUUUUUCUGCAAAUAUGGUUGGUUAAAGUGGCCACUGUGGGAUUGGCUAUUGUGGGAAGUGGGUACACAGGGCCUUCUAUGAACCCUGCUAAUGCUUUUGGCUGGGCUUAUGUUGAUAACUGGCACAAUACUUGGGAGCUGUUCUAUGUUUAUUGGGUUGGUCCUUUAAUUGGAGCAGCUUUGGCUGCUAGGGUCUUCAAGAUUUUGUUUCCUCCACCAGAAACAAAGGAGAAGAAAGCCUGA